AGCAGAACAGGAGAAUCUGUAAGAGGAGCAGCCAUGGGGCUCGGACAGUCCAGCAAGGCUCCGGUCACUGACGACACAGACGAGGUGAACUUCGACCACUUCCAGAUCCUGAGAGCAAUAGGGAAAGGAAGCUUCGGAAAAGUCUGCAUUGUACAGAAGAAGGACACUAAGAAGAUGUAUGCCAUGAAGUACAUGAACAAGCUGAAGUGCGUGGAGCGGAAUGAAGUGAGGAAUGUCUUGAAAGAGCUGCAGAUCAUGCAGAACCUUGAACAUCCUUUCCUGGUCAACUUCUGGUACUCCUUCCAGGAUGAGGAGGACAUGUUUAUGGUGGUGGACCUGCUCUUGGGAGGAGACCUGCGCUAUCACCUCCAGCAGAACGUCCACUUCUCGGAGAGCACUGUCAAACUCUACAUCUGUGAAUUAGCCCUGGCCCUGGGAUACCUACGCAGCAAGCGCAUCAUACACAGAGACAUCAAACCCGACAACAUACUACUGGAUGAACAUGGGCACGUCCAUCUAACGGACUUCAACAUCGCAGCAAUCGUUAAGGAAGACCUAAAAGCAACUUCCAUCGCUGGGACAAAGCCGUAUAUGGCUCCUGAGCUGUUUCAGACCCACGAGGGGUCCCACCCUGGCUACUCCUUCUCUGUCGACUGGUGGUCGCUGGGCAUCACAGCCUAUGAGCUGUUAAGAGGACAGAGACCAUAUGUGAUGAGAUCCAGUACACCAGCUAAUGAGAUCCUGCAGACCUUCCACAAGGUCCAUCCCAGCUAUCCAGCAGCUUGGUCUUUGGAGAUGAAGUCUCUUCUCAGAAAGUUGCUGUGCAUAGAUGUCCAGAAGCGCAUUUCCUGUCUAGCAGAGCUACAGGAUCUGGACUACAUGUCAGAUGUCAACUGGGACGCUGUGCUCAGCAAACAGCUUCCUCCAGGCUUUAUUCCCAAUAGGCGGAGACUAAACUGUGACCCUACAUUUGAGCUGGAGGAAAUGAUCCUGGAGUCCAAACCGCUUCACAAGAAAAAGAAAAGGCUUGCAAGAAAAACCAGGGACCAGGGAUCUGAUGGGUCCCCACAGUAUUGCCUGCUGCAGCAGCGAUUGGAUAAUGUCCAGAGAGACUUCAUUAUCUUCAACAGAGAAAAGUAA